UUCCAGCCUCUCCUGCUGGCUGCGACGUCGGGCGGCAGCCUGCAAUUAUAGCCUCGACUCUCACCGUGGGCAAAGGUUUUGAGUUAUUGUAAGCUUAGGACUGCCCAGUAUGUCUGGGGGGAACAUCGAUGCAGCAACCAAGGAGAUGGAGGCAUUACAUGUUGGGAAGACUCAAGAAACCAAACAGGAGAAUCUGAAUAAGGUGGCUAGUGUAGAAGAUGUAACCUCGCCAAAAGAACUCAAAGUUUCAGAUAGCAAUGAUGGGGCUCCCGGAGGUCAGUCCUCGCCACCGGAAGAUGGAGAUGAUGAGGAACAUGGAGCAGCAGCUUCAGUGGCUGCGAAGAAGAAAAAGAAGAGAAGCAAGGCCAAUAGAAAGAAGAAGGACCCUCUUCAGCAGACAGAUCCUCCAUCAAUCCCUAUUGAUGAGCUUUUCCCUUCAGGAGAUUUUCCUAAGGGUGAAAUCCAGGAAUACAAGGAUGAUAAUUUGUGGAGAACAACUAGUGAAGAAAAGAGGGAACAAGAACGACUACAAAAGCCUAUAUACAAUUCUGUUCGCCGAGCAGCAGAAGUUCAUAGACAGGUUCGUAAAUAUAUGAGGAGCGUGGUGAAGCCUGGGAUGUUAAUGAUCGAACUAUGCGAGACUUUGGAAAACAUGGUUCGGAAACUUAUAAAGGAGAAUGGACUGCAAGCUGGUAUUGCUUUUCCAACAGGAUGCUCAUUGAAUUGGGUUGCAGCUCACUGGACUCCAAAUUCUGGUGAUAAAACUGUACUACAGUAUGAUGAUGUGAUGAAGCUGGAUUUUGGGACACAUAUAGAUGGGCACAUAGUUGAUUCUGCAUUUACGGUUGCAUUCAAUCCCAUGUUUGAUCCAUUGCUUCAAGCAACGAGAGACGCCACAAAUACCGGAAUCAAGGAAGCUGGAAUAGAUGUACGGCUUUGUGAUGUCGGUGCUGCAAUCCAAGAAGUCAUGGAGUCAUAUGAGGUUGAAAUUGAUGGGAAAGUUUUCCAAGUAAAAAGUGUGAGAAACCUCAAUGGUCACAGCAUUGAACCGUACCAUAUCCAUGCUGGGAAAUCAGUUCCAAUUGUAAAAGGUGGGGAGCAAACAAAAAUGGAAGAGGGUGAAUUUUAUGCAAUUGAAACUUUUGGGUCCACAGGAAAGGGGUUUGUGAGGGAGGACUUGGAAUGCAGUCAUUACAUGAAGAACUUUGAUGUUGGGCAUGUACCAUUGAGGGUUGCCAAAUCCAAGCAACUUCUCGGGACAAUCAAUAACAACUUUGGAACACUUGCGUUUUGCCGUCGUUACUUGGACCGUAUCGGUGAGGCCAAGUAUCUCAUGGCACUGAAAAAUCUAUGUGAUGUUGGCAUUGUGCAGCCGAUCCCUCCAUUGUGCGACGUGAAGGGCAGCUAUGUGUCGCAAUCCGAGCACACCAUCUUGCUCCGACCAACCUGUAAAGAAGUCAUAUCCAGAGGCGAUGACUACUGAUUCGCGCGACAGCCGCUGUAGCUGUAUUGGUUGGGCAAUCUGUGUUUUCUUUGAUCUAAUGGCACCUGAGAAUCAGACAUAUAAUGCUCAUAUGCACGGUGGUGUACUCUUAAUUGAGAACCUUCUGUUUCUUUUUUUUGGUUUACAAUUUGUGCAAACUGGUUUGAAAAUUUUGCUACUUGGUUGUAUU